AUGCUUGAUAUAUAUUCUGCUCCUAUUCCAUCUCCUACAUUCUUUGAGGAUUCUUUUGCUGUUACAUCUCCAGCUAUCUUCAAGAAACCUCUUCUACCUCGUCUCAAGAUGACCACCAUGGGGGAGCCUGCCUUUGGCGGGGGUCAUGGUGUACCUCACAGUGCAAGUCACACAAGCGCUAGAGCUUCAGAUAUUCCCUGGACUCCUUACAGUGCUGUCUCGUCAUUUAAUCUUCCAGCACACUACGAUUCAUCUUUAAUCACGCCUAUUGCAAUGGCACCAUCUCCAAGCAUUUCUUCAAGGCCAGCACCCACAGUGAGAGAAAGGGAUAUAAAGCUAUCUCCAUCCAUGGAAUCACCAGAUUAUCCGCUCUUUGGUGGGGGCGAAGACGACUUUGGUUCCAGACUCGGUUCUGCCCCAAUGAAGCGAAAAGACCCAAGUUCCAAUAAUUCCAAGAUUCCUACCAGCGAGCCUAAUUAUCCUACUUCUCCUGCUCUUUUCUGUCCUUCUCCGUAUUAUGGGGCAUUUGGAGUUUCCGCUACGCCAAAAACAGGACGAACAGCUGAGUUAACAUCUCCAAACAUGAAUACCAGUCCUCACAAUACAAAUUCAAGUGCUAUGAGCGCCGAUCUCCGAAGAUCACGCCACGCCACACCAGCUCAAAGUCCUGAAAGCUACAGGGUAAACAAUCCCGCACCGAUACUGAUUGCUCCUAAUCCCAACACAAUGCGACCAGCGACGGCUAGGCCUGGAGAUAUGCCAUAUGGCCGUCAUGAUUCUACGCAUUCCAUGCAUUCCUAUAACUCGACACCACCCCAAUACCAAGAGCAACUUGCUCCCAUUACUGCUCGAAGGAAGAGAAAGGGAGCUCCCACACAGUUGGACGGAGAUAUUCUUUAUCAUGAGAAUAUUACUCACGAGGAACAAAUUCUGAUGCAGCUAUCAGAUGUUGAAGGCCUCGCUUGGAAAGAGAUUGCUAAGCAGUUCAAUGAGAGGACAGGCAGGACUAUGAAAGUGCCAGCUCUACAAAUGCGCAAGAAGCGACUUUGUGAACGUCUCCGCGUUUGGACUGAUUGCGAGGAGCGAGCUUUGACACUUGCUUGGGAAGAUUACGAGAGAGAUAAAUGGGAAGCAGUCGCAAAAGGCAUGAUGAAGCAUGGAGUUGAAGAAAAGUGGAGUAAAGAAGCCGUCCAGAGAAAGUUCAACGAAAUGUUCCCUCCCGACGAUCGAUCAUACAAUACGGAGUAUGCAUUAUCCAAACAUGCGGAGCAACUGAACUACGAUAUCAAGAUUGAACCACGAACGCCGUGGCCAAAUCAUGAUGAAAGAGACAGCGCAAUUCACAGUCUCACAGACGAAGAGCAAACUUUAGUAGGCGAGUUGAGGAGUAGGACUGCAAGUGAUGCUAGUUCGCUACAUUAUCAGCAGCAUCAGCAUCAACAAAUCAUGUAUGCGCAACAGCAUCAACAGCAGCAUCAAGAGAUGUGGGCAGGGAAUUGA